AUGGCCAACAGUAUCGAGAACAGAGGGCCAGAGUUGCUUGCCGUCAACAUUACAUUCAUAACCACGGCCCUGAUCUCCAUCUUUCUAAGAUGCUACGUCCGCGUCUUCAAGGUCAAGGCCUUUGGGUUCGAUGACUGGCUGAUGGCAGUCGCGACGGUCUUUUUCACGCUUUACGACAUUUCGUCAAGUAUCGGCACCCACUAUGGCACAGGUCGCCAUCAUGAGGACCUAGAAACCAGAAACAUCCACACCGCAAUGAUGGUAAGCAGAAUCGACCCCAUGGAGUAUGACCUGGUCUGA